GACACAAUAUAAUUACCCUACCAACAAUGAUGGAACUAGUUUAUCUAAGAAUAUUAAGAAGUUGUAUCAAAGUGUAGCAAGUUAUUUUGAUUGUGAACCUACAGUUUGGACGUUUGAAAAUUUUUGCCAUUCCUCAUAUGAGAGGACUUCUAGAAUCUUUAAGACAACAAAACUUUUAGAAACAAUAUACAAACAUCAUUUACUUGAAGGAUUAACCACUGAAGCAAUUUCACCAUCUCUUUAUAAACAAAAAUACAAGAAUUUUAAG